AUGAUCGCUGUGGUGCGCCACUGCAACGCUUUUUCCGAGGCAACUGCUAUAGCUCGGCCCGGCUAUUCCUCAAGCCUCUCUGCUAACACCACUUCACAGUGUUGCUCGUCGGUACCGGUUCACAUUUUGCUACAAGCAUUGGAUGGUGUGCUGUCCGGUAUUCGGUGCCUCGGUCGUGUACGUUGGGGUUGCGGGUGA